CAAAUGCCGAAGCACGUUAUCGAUUUUUAGCGGCAUUUAAAACAGCUGUUCUUGCAAUUUUUGCAUUUCAAUUUGUAAUUUAAAUGCGAAAAUGACAAAAGCUAUUAAAAGUAGUGGCAAAAUAUGUUUAAAAGCUAAAGUCUGUGAUCUGGAGCGCACUCUACUAGGCGGUCAAAGCUUUCGCUGGCGCAAAUUAUGUUCAGAGCCGGAAGUCAAAUAUUGCGGCGUUGCUUUGAAUACCUAUUGGGAGCUGACGCCCGAAAAGGACCAUAUUGCCUAUGACGCUCACGUCGCAGACAAUACUGCAGCAAAAAUUAAUUUCACUGCCUUGCUGAGCGAUUAUUUGCGCGCUGAUUUCGAUUUGGAGUUGCAGCAAAAAAAUUGGAUGCAGGCAGAUGAGAAUUUUAAGAAAUUUGUUGGCCAACCAGUGCGAAUAUUGGCCCAAGAGCCGCUGGAGAACAUUAUCUGCUUUAUGUGCAGCCAAAAUAAUAAUAUAAAGCGUAUUUCAUCGAUGGUUCAGUGGCUUUGUUCAACUUAUGGCAAUAAAAUUGGACACUUUAAUGGCCAGGAUGAGUUCAGCUUUCCCACGCUGAAAGACCUGCAAGGCGGACGCACCUGCAGCCAGCUGGACGCUGAGUUGCGUGCGGCUAAAUUUGGCUAUCGAGCUAAGUUUAUAGCCCGUUCGCUGACGGAGAUCGAAAAGCUUGGUGGAUUGGAUUGGUUUGAGCAAUUGCGGCGUAUGCCCUAUGCGGAGGCACGAGAAGCUUUGGUACAGCUGCCCGGCAUUGGCUACAAGGUAGCCGAUUGCAUAUGCCUCAUGUCGCUGAAUCAUCUGCAAUCGGUGCCCGUUGAUACCCACAUCUUUAAGCUGGCCCAGCGGCACUAUCUGCCCCAUUUGGCCAGCCAGAAGAGCGUCACUAGCAAGAUCUAUGAAGAGAUUGCUCAACACUUUCAGCAGCUGCAUGGACAGUACGCAGGUUGGGCGCAAGCGGUUCUCUUCUGUGCGGAUCUGCCACAAUUUCAGCCUAAGCUGGAGCCCAGUGCGGCUAAGAAGCGCAAAAAGUAGUAUCUUUGUACAUAUAAUAGAUGUAUGUAUAUAAUCUAUAACUAUAGCGAAACGUGUUUGUCCUUCAGAUAAAAGUUAUUUUAAGCCUAAAUCCUCCCUGUGUAUAAUAUAACUUUCGUAGCUUCUAUAAUCCUGAGUCGAAAUCAUUUUGUCAAGUUUUUUGUUAGAAAAUUAUUAAUAUGCAAAAUGUAAUUCCUAGAUAUGGAUCUCUGGAACAGAGCUACCCUCAAUGCUGCAUAAAGCUUGUAAGUAGUGUGCCUCAUAUUGUUAUAUAGAGAAGUCAUAACCGUUUGUAUAUAAUCAUAUCUAAAAGUUUAUAAGGCCUUAUAAGGAUUAUUAAGAUUAAAGAUAUAGAAUAAUUUAGAUACUAUUUAAUAUGUGACAGAAUUGAAUUGAGUAUAUAAUUUUAGCUUAAGUGUAGUCGUAGGAUCAAUACGAUAAGUUUUCUUCAUAAUCAUUUAUGGACUAAUAUUAAAGCUAGGUUUGUUGGUAAA